AUGAAGGCCACACUCGCAGCCGUUGCUCUUUUUCUAGGCACCGCGCUUGCGGCCCCAACUGCAACAGCUUUCCCCACGCCUGCUUCAUCAACCGGCCUCCCAGCCGCGAAGCUCAUCCCUGCCGGCACCGUCUUUGACGGCAAGAUGGUACGCUACAGCCGCUCUCCAGACACGUGCCAGGACCAGACGGAAACCGACGAAGCAGCCGCCAUGUUCAUCGCCGAAGACGGGGCCACGAUCAAGAACGUAAUCCUGUCCAAGGCGCAAGCCGAAGGCAUCCACUGCCGCGGCGCCUGCACGCUCGAAAACGUAUGGUGGGAGGACGUGUGCGAAGACGCGGCGACAUUCAAGCAGCCCGCAGGGAAGACAUCGCGCGUCAUCGGCGGAGGAGCAAAGGGCGCCGCCGACAAGAUCUUCCAGUUCAACGGUCGUGGCACCGUCAGCAUCAAGGACUUCUACGCUGAAGACUACGGUAAGCUGAUCCGCAGCUGCGGCGACUGCACCGCAAAUGGCGGCCCGCGCAACAUCAUCCUCGAGGGCGUGACGGCAAGGGACGGCGGCGUGCUGUGCGGCAUCAAUACCAACUUUGGCGAUACUUGCAAGAUCAUCGACUCGUGCCAGAGCAACAACAAGAGCUGCGAUCGCUACAAGGGCGUCGUCAAGGGCAGUGGCAGCUCGACCAAGCUUGGUUCGGGGCCGGAUGGAACGCUCUGCACGACCAGCGGGUUCACGAAGAGCUGCUAG